CGAUUGGCCGUCGGCGGCGCGCUCCACUUUGACCCUCUUAAAGUGAAUAAAACAUCAUGAGCGAUCAGCAGGAUACUAUGGCUGCCACCACCACUAUUAGUCCCUGUGAAUAUCUCCAACCAGCAGCAUCAACAAUGAUAGAGGAUUCACAGCCAUCUCCUCUGGCCCUCCUGGCAGCGACAUGCAGCAAGAUUGGCCCUCCGGCUGUGGAAUCCAGCUCCUCGCCCACCCCAGUGGCUGUACAGAUGGUCACCAAGAAGUUGCCACUGUUGAAGCCGGCACCAGCACCUAAUGGGCAAAAUGGUGGCAAUUUCAGCUUAAUUGGAGCUAAUGGGAAAGUUUUUCAAAUCCAGGGGUCACAGGUCACCGGCCAGGCCAUUAGCCCCUCCAUCUCUGGACAGUUAGUACUGGCUAUUCAGAACCAAGCGAUGGUCAGCAAAGGCUCACGGCAGAACAUUCAGUAUCAGGUGAUCCCCCAAGUACAGACCCUGGGGGGACAGACCCUUCAGAUUGCCAACGUCCAGCAAAAUAUGGCGGGUCAGAUUCAAAUCAUUCCAGGGACCAACCAGGCCUUCGUCACCACUGCAGUAGCUUCCAAUGCACAGAAGAUCUCCCCUCAGACGAUGCACAUGAAGCCUGCUGUGUCACUCCCUGUCCAAGUACAGAAGAUCGGGGGCACAACUGUACAAGGCCAUGGCAACAUCAUCAAACUGGCAAGUGGUGGAAACAUGGCAUUGUCUGUGCCCGUUAGUAAUUUGGUUGGUGCUGGCGAUGGAACCGCCAUUCAGUUGACUGGUGAUGCCAUAUGUGGAGGAGGUGGCUCGACGAAGCUCAGCAAGAGGUCGAGAAGGAAAUCAGCGAAUCCAGCAGCGGUGACAGAAACAGUGACGCUUGUGGAGGCUUCAUCGGGAAAUGUCAUUCAGCCGGGAACCAACGUGCUCUUGGUGCAGAGCCCUGGUUCCAACGUUAUGCAGCAAGUGCAGGUGGUGCAGCAGAAACAGGAGCAGGAGGUGCAGACCAUCCCCCAGCAGGCCAUCCGCGUGGUGCAGGCAGCUUCCAUGAGCGGCCACAACCUUCCCACCGUCCCCCAGAAAUCCCCACAGAACCUGCAGGUCCAGACCAGCGAGCACAACUCCACACCGGUCAUCAUCAGAACCCAAUCCGUCUCCUCCUCGGGACAGGUGAAUUGGCACGCCUUGCAGGUGAAGAACUCCUCGGCACUUCAGCAAGGCUCUAGCCCCUCUGGCAGCUUUCCCCGGAUUGCCCCAGCCGCAAGUGGGAAGAGAUCCUCUGCCAGCUCUUUGAUCCGGAAGGGGACUGCCCUGCCGAGGAUUGCGCCAGCAGGGGGUGCCAUUAACCUGAACACUGCACAGUUCACCACUGGCCAGGCAAUUCAGACCAUCAGCAUCAACGGCUUACAGGUGCCUGGCGUUCCAGUAACUGUCACUAAUGCUGCAGGACAGCAACAGUUAAGUGUACAGGCAGGGGUCAUGUCUCCAGUUUCUGCGAACAAUAUCACCAUCACUGGACUGAGUCCAAGCCAGCUCAGCCAGCUGCACAUGGAACCAGCUUUACCAGCUGAUGAGAUUGCGGAACAGCAGGUGCAACAGAACAAGAAGAUGAAAAGGAUGGCCUGCACUUGUCCAAAUUGCAAGGAUGGCGAGAAAAGGAGUGGAGAGGUAGGGAAGAAGAAGCACAUUUGCCACAUUCCAGGUUGUGAGAAGGUAUUCCGGAAAACAUCCUUGCUACGAGCCCACGUCCGCUUGCACACAGGGGAGCGCCCGUUUGUCUGUAGUUGGGUCUACUGUGGGAAGAGGUUCACUCGCAGCGAUGAGCUACAGAGGCACUCCAGAACUCACACAGGUGACAAACGCUUCGAGUGUGGACAGUGCCACAAGCGUUUCAUGAGGAGUGACCACCUGACCAAACACUACAAAACACACUUGAACACAAAGAACUUGGUGUAAUGACUGCGGGGCACUGGGGAGACAAUGAUCUCCAUAGCAACACAAGUCGAACAUUUUAAUUUUCUUCUUUGUUUUUGCAUUUUUAAAGAAAAGAAAUUAACAAAAAAUGUUUUCCCAGAGGGAGGGAGGGAGAGGUCAUGUUUGGUCUAUACUCCCCCUCCUCCUCCCUAUGCUACAAAUGCAUUUGGACACGUCAUUACUGUGGUAACCCGUAUUACCAGCGAGACUGCACAGCAUGAAGAGCGCAGUGGAUUGGGGAUGGGUUGGAGGCUACUGGAACAGAGAGAGAGGAACACAGAGAAACAAUUAAGCAAACCUAGUCCCAAUCUGGGAUAUUCUGUCCAUUCCUCCCUGUGUAACACAGGAGUAGCUUUGCUGAUGUCUUGUUUUCUAAUGAUAUGUUGCCUUAGAUUUUGUCACAUAUGAUAAUGAGAGCAUUGUACUGUGAUUGCGUGGAAGCUUUUCAAUUAGUCAGUUUGCUAUUACUUUUAUUUUAAAAACAAUAUGUUUUUAUUUUCCUAGUGUGAUUCUGACACAGGAUCAUGAGGUGAUUUAUGUCCAAGUGAACGUCAUCGUUGGACACAAGUAGAAGGAAAAAGAAAAUAAUUCUUUUUUUAAAAAAAGUAUUGAUUUUUUAAAAAUGAAAUCCUGGGAUUGUAGUAUCCUGCAAUGUUUAAUAGAUCAAUAAGCAUAGUGUUUACUGUUGCUUCAAAGAAAUAUUGGUUGUAUUUUUGAGCUUUGAUUGGAAGGAAAUCCGACUUUAUUUUAGUAUAUAAUUUUCGGAUGAUAUAAGAUGACUGAUAAUAAAUUUCUUAAUUGGAAGUAAAUGCAGUUGGGGAAGGGGAAUACAAUCAAUGCCCACUUUAUCCUAUAGAACAGCCAGGGACUCCAUUUCUGCCCAUUACAGUGAAUAGGUUGAAAAUCCCGGCUAAUGUGUCCUAUUCCUGUUUUUCCCAUUCUCUCAGUAUCAUGGGUCAAAACAAAACGAGAAGAUUUCCUGUGUUGUGAGUUUCCUGCAAGAAACCCUCAGGAAAUCUUUCCCAGUUUAUACGCAGUAGAUCAAAAGAAUUAAAUACUAAAUAGAAUGGCUCCAUAUUCCUAAAUUUGGAAGAGUGGGUUAUUUUUUCUCAGUUUUCUCCCCUUUGCUCUUUGAAGGUGGUGAAUCUUAUGAGGGCAAUGGUUCCAUGGUUUCCAGCAGUUCCUUUGGUGCGUCAUCCAAAUGCCCGUUCUUUAUAUUUGAGGGAGCAACACAACCAAGGCAAAUACUGUGCAUGCCCAGCAUUCACGUACUCAAGUUUAUCUUCCAUUCAUAACAUUUAGGACUAUGAGGCAGUUCAGUUCCUUUUUUUUAAGGGUCAGUCCUCAUCCUGGUGAGUGGCUGCCAGCCAGUUAAACCACUUUGUGAUGCCAUGCGGAAGUGAUGUCAGAGCACUUUCUGCAACAUCACAAGGAUGUUUCUACUGUGGGAAGUGCACUAUUUCCUGGCUGUGAUGUCAUUUCUUGUGUGUUUGUUUUUUUAAAAAAGAACUGAAAUAAAAUGAAUUGUUUUGUGCUUUGG